AUGUCUUUCUUGCAGAAGACUCCAGGAGGCAAGACCGGCUGGUUUCUCAAAAGCUGCCUUGAGUUCAGCACUGGUUCCAACGAAGUUACUGGGUCACUGCUUAAGUCUACAGGUGCUGAAGCAAAUGUGUUGCACGAGAAACACUAUGCGAAAGCAUGUAAGACACAAACUGUGCUAUCUGCGUAUGGAGUGUUGAAACUUCAGCAACUGGGAUGCAUCUCUACCAAAAUACGUGACACAUACGUUGAGCUGUAUGUAGUGGAAACUGACUCUGAACCAAUACUAGGUCUCAAAUCGUGUCACGACUUGAAGCUCAUUGCGAGGCUAGAAAGUGUCAUGGAGGAGAAACCCCUCACAAGAAAUGACGCCAUGAAAGAAUAUAAGCAUGUGUUUAAAGGGCUCGAGAAAUUUGAAGGAACAUAUAAGACUGAGCUAGACCCAAGCAUCAAACCAGUAGUUCACCCGCCCAGGAAGGUCCCCUUCAGCCUUCAACGGAAGCUGAAGGAAACCCUAGACAGAAUGGAGGCAGAAGGUAGCAUAACCCCAGCGGAAGAGCCCACAGACUGGGUAAACAGUCUCGUGAUAGUGGAGAAAAGGAACGAUUCUCUACAACUCUGCCUAGAUCCGUGUGACUUGAACACAGCCAUAAGGCGAGAACAUUACAAAAUAUCGGCGCCGGAAUACGUUGCUGCACAAUUGCAUGGCAAGAAAUUCUUCACGACCCUGAAUGAGAAAGAUGGCUACUGGCAGGUGCAACUCGACCAUGAAUCCUCACUCCUAUGCACGUUCAAUACGCCGUAUGCCCGAUACCGGUUCCUGAAAAUGCCUCUCGGUAUCUGUUCAGCAAGUGAAGUAUUCCAGAAGAGAAGCAAACAAGUGUUCGGUGACGUAAAAGGUGUAUGCAUAAUUGCCGACGACAUGAUUAUCGCCGCCGAAACCCCAGAGGAGCAUGACAGGAUCGUGAGGAGAGUGCUGGAAAAGGCAAGAGAGCAGAAUGUGAAAUUUAACCCCACCAAAAUGCAAUUCAAGGUGGAUACAGUCGAGUACAUGGGAAAUGUGAUCACUCCGGAAGGACUCAAGCCAGAUGAGCGGAAAGUGCGAGCCAUAUCAGACAUGCUGACUCCGACUGACAAGCCAGCUCUCCAAAGACUCUAA